AUGGCCAGCCGCGCUCCGGGCGACAGCGAUUAUGCGCCCUCGCCGGCUAUUGAAUCGGCGAUCGAAGGCCACUCACAGCAACCCAUCUUCGCCAAAUCCGAAGACUCGCCCGUCCCCUCGCGCUCGGUCUCGUUGGAUGCCGAGUCUCUCAUCCCCGACAAUAAUGACAAUAAUGGAACGACCACCGCUGGACGGAAGCGCAAAUUAAACAGCACGUCAUCGCGAGGCGUCGCCAAUCUCACCCCCGAUCAAUUGGCGAAGAAACGUGCCAAUGACCGACAAGCCCAGCGUGCGAUUCGCGAGCGCACGAAGACCCAUAUCGAGGCGUUGGAACAGCAAGUGAGAGACCUGGCGUCACAGAAGCCCGUCCUGGAUCUGCAAGCAGCCAUGCAGCACAAUGAGCGUAUUCGGUCGGAGAAUCGAGAGCUUCGCCAGAGCUUCAAGGCGGUGAUGGACAUUAUACAGCCCUUGCUAGCACGUCCAGAAUCCACAGGUAAUCUUGUGACCCAGUACAGCACCCUUGAAGAAGCUAGACUGACAGGGGUAGACCUGCCGGCCGUCGUCUGCCAACCGAGAUCAGUCCCACCCCAGACCACUUCGUCCCCCUUUCCCGAUACCGAUCACUUAACACCAAACCCCCAAUCGGCCCUCCCGGGAGAUAAAUCAUAUGAAGGAUCGGUGGCCAGCCUGGACACACCUUCACCCACGCACUCCGCUCCGACCCUGGGGAGUCGGCGCAACAGUGCCAAUGGAGGCACCCAAUCGACCUCGUUUCGAUCCGCAUUGGACAACCAGCGCCACAACACCGCCCACGGCUUAGACCUCGGCUUGGAGGAACGACUUGGCUUCAAUUUUCUGCUCGAUCCGUCCCAGAAUAUUCCCAAAGUCGACCGGCUCCGGCGCAGUAAUUCAGAGAACUUCCGCAGCUCACAACCUAAUCUACAAUCCCCUCUUUACCUACAACCACUCAACCACCCAGCCGAGCAGGGACCCCCGGCAUUCGCGACGCCAAUCAGAAACACUGGGCCCACUUGUACACUGGACAGCAUCUUGCUAGACUUCCUUCACAACAGGCAGCGGGAAGCCGCACAGGGCAUCCCGCGACAGAAGCUCGUCGGACCACCAUACCCCAGCGUAUCAUCGCUAUUAAAUCCAGAGAAGAGUGUAUAUUCGCAUCCGGUAUCAAAAGUAUUCACGGACAUUCUACGAACCUUCCCAGAUAUCUCGUCCCUGCCCGAGCAGGUGGCCGUGCUCUACACAAUGUUUCUCCUCAUGCGUUGGCAGAUCUAUCCGACGCAGGAGAAUUAUGACCGACUACCAGAAUGGCUCACGCCACGUCCCACGCAGCUUCUCUCUCCACAUCCUGCCUGGAUGGACUAUGUUCCUUGGCCCCGAAUGCGUGAUCGGCUUGCCACAUCCCACCAAGACUACCCAUUCGAAAAUUGGUUCAUUCCUUUCACUCGAGGCUUGUCUGUGAAUUGGCCUUACGAGGCCACUGACUGUCUUUUAUCAGCGGGUGACUCGGAAGAGUUGCUUAUAAACCCUGUAUUUGAACGGCACAUGCGCAAUCUGACGAACUGGUCGCUAGGUCCAAUGUUUGCGGAAGCCUAUCCGAACUUGGUCGAUACUACGCAAAUUAGGCCCGAAGUCAAGCAAGGGAAAGCUGCGUUAUAG